CCACAACCUUUAUCAAAAUGCUACCACCACCCUCACUCCCACCCUCAUUGCCAGCCACCAUCAACAGAAUAACAAAAACCCUCUCCAAACUCCGAACCUCACUCUCCCAACACCAAAAAACCACCCGCUCCCACGACCGCUCCGGACUCCCGGACCACCACGUCCUAGACCUCUCGCAGAAACUCACCAAACUGGAAAUUGAAUGGAGCGUCGAAUUUCGGAGCACGGAUCCACGUCGAAUAGAACGGUUCGGGAAGAAGGUUGAUGCCUUGCAAGAAGAGAUUGAGAAGUUGUCGAAGGGGAAAACGGGCAAAGAAAGGGGCAGUGGAUGGGAUGAGAAACGAAGUCGAAUGGCGCAGUAUGAAAGCGAGAGGGACGCGGAGAUGCGGGGACGGCAUGGGGCGCGUGGGUCCGGCGGAUGGAAAACGUGGUUGUCUGGCUAUUGUUUGUACAGUUAAGAGAUCAUGAUGUUAUUAAGCAUCAUACAGAUACGUCAACAGCAAUAGCUGGUCCAGGUGACAUGGUGUAAUGUGAUUUCAUUAUACAGAAGUGAUACCAGAC